AUGGCGGCGGCCGCUCAGCCUUCGGGCUUAAUGGACAUUGCAAGCUCCUUAACGCAAGAUGAGAUUCCUUUCAAAUUGCGCUGCGCCAUCUGCAACAAGCUUGCCUUGAAUGCCUUCCGUCUUCCCUGCUGUGAUCAAGCAAUCUGUGAGAAUUGCCAGGCAUCACUUCCGGAUACAUGCCCUGUUUGCGCACACACCCCCAUCUCGUCCGAUCUUUGCAAGCCGAACAAAGCCCUCCGAACCACUUUGAAGGCUUUCCUUCGCACGGAAGAAAAGAAACGCGAGAAGGAGCGACAGGAGCGACAGGAAGCACAGCCUGCCCCUUCGGGUACGGCUGCGCCUGCGGAUGAAGCUUUGGUCAGACAAGAAUCUCAGCAAGACUCGAAUGUCGUUGAGGAAACCCCUGCAAAUGGGCCGUUGCCGAAUGCUGGCGAAGACUCGUCAGCAGCACAACCCGUUGAUACUGCAUCCGCAGCAGCCGAAGCCGACGCUGCUGGCGAGGAACAGAUCGGGACCAAUGGAGUCUCCCAGGUAGAUGAACAUUCUGAAACAGUUGCUCCAGAUGCAGCGGAUCAAGCGCUUGAUGUGGCACAAAAGAACGCUGACGGAGAUAAUAUCGAGAGUAGCGAGUCUACUGAACAACCUGAUCAGGACUCCCAAAAUGCUAUGCCAGGAUCUGGCUUUCCCAACCCCAUGGGAUUCAACAUGAACCCAGGGAUGUUUCCGAAUAUGGCGUGGGGUACGAACCCCAUGGCUCAGUUUAUGGGCGGUGGAAUGAUGGGGUUUCCCAAUCCUAUGGGAAUGGCCGCCAUGGGCAUGGACCCGAUGGCCGCGAGUCAGGGCAUGUUUGGAGGCUACGGGAUGAACAUGAAUGGCAUGAGCAAUGGCAUGAAUAUGGGAAUGAAUUUCAACGCUGGGCAGGGGAUGUACGGUGGUUGGGACGGCUCACAGAACAAUAUGUGGAAUGGAAGCCAAGAUAAAUUCAAUCCAAAUGCUUUCGCGAAUGGUAUGGGCGCGCAAAUCGGGGACCCCUCUGGCUUUGGCGGAUAUAAUAUGUCUCAACCCAACGGAGUUCAUCCUCAAAUGCAGCAGCAGCAGUUUUCUAACCAAGAGCUCCAGAAUGGCUAUUAUGGCCCCGGCAAUUACCGGGGUCGUGGCCGUGGUUACUUUCCCGGCGGCCGUGGUCGUGGCGGUUAUGUUGGUCAUAUGCAACCUAAUUUCCCCCAUAAUGUUAACUCUGCAGCUCUUCAAGAUAAUACCUCUAGCGCGGACCAACCCAUGCCCUCACAGACUGAGGAAGGCGCAACGGAUUCAACGGCUACUGGAGACAAUGUUCCUUCAGAUGGGAAGAAGGCGGAAGACGGACCAAACACUGCCGAUGCUUCUUCCGGGAACCAGGCCUUAAACCAAGUGGAGACCAAUGGUGGUAAUGUCGAGUCUGUACCUGGAGCUGAUGGCCAUCCAGACCAAGCUAUGAACGCAGAGAACCAACUUCAGGGUAUUCCCACCGUUGAUAGUCUUAACGAACCCUAUAACGUUGGAGCCACUGCGGCGCCAACUUACAUGUACCAAGGGUUCGGUAGAGGUGGCGGUUAUAUGCGAGGCGGCUUCCAUGGUCGUGGCGGCAGCUUUGGUGGGCAGCAGCAAUUUAUGCCAGCGCCCAAUAUGCAGCCGCGAGGACCUGGUGUUGAGGGUGCUCCAGCUGCGCCUAGAGCAAUGAGACAAGGGCUUCCAAAUACCAGCGUAUUUCGUCAAAGGAAUUUUCACUUAGUCGGACGUGUCCCUAACCAGCCUAGUAAAGGCCCUGAAGUUUCACAGACCCCGCACGCCGAACCAACCUCGGAAGACCAGCGUCCUCAGUCGUCAUCUCGGUCUAUCUCCAGAGCAAGGUCGAGGUCGAGGUCGAAGCCUAGGAGCAGGUCUCGAUCUCGAUCCCGUGUACCAUCCCGCUCGAGCAGCCGUCGACGGUAUCGUCCGAGGUCUCGAAGCGUUGAAGACGACGCAACUGACUACGAUCGCCCGCGAGAGCGUCGAAGAAGGCCCCAUCACGAUGAGAGAGAUAGGACUGCAGAAGAUGAGCGCCGCUCCAGAUCUCCUUCUAUCGAUUCUCACAGGUCAUCACUCAGAGAUAAGGAACGAGACCGGCGUCGAGCCCGUCGGUCCCGUCGGUCUCAUCGUCGACGCAGCCGGAGUCGCAGCGCAAGUGGUGAUCGCAACGGUGAUAGUCGAGACACUGAUCGUUUCGCCGAAGAGCGAAGCAGCUCCAAACCCCGAAGUCGAAAUGCAGACACUUUAGACACCCAUCGAUCAGGGAAGGACCGUUCAAGCCGACGCGAGGAGGACCGAGAAAGGGACAGGGACUCCCGUCGGCGUGAUCGUGAACGUGACCGCGACCGCGACCGCGACCGCGAUCGUGACCGGGACCGGGACAGGAUCCGAGAAAAAGAGAGAGAGCGCGAUCGGGACCGGGAACGUCCUCGAGAGCGAGACCGAGAUCGAGAGCGAGACCGAAAACGAUCUCGGCGCGACCGGUCCGAAUCCGCAGCUGACAGUGAUUAUCACUCACGUAAAGCAAAACGAGGACGUGAAGACGACGCUCGCACCUCCACCAGCAAUAGAGACCGUCCAAAAGACACAAGGGAGAAGACUCUUCUGACAAACCCACCUGAACCUGAGAAAGAUCCUCAUACCUUAGAGCGCGAAGCCCGCAACCGCGAGCGUCUGCUCAAGGAACAACAGCGCCGCGAAGCGAUGCAAGCUGAUCGGGAUGCUGGCAAAUCCAGCCGCCGACGCGACAGUCGACAGGAGCGAGCUGGGCGUCGCCUUAACUACAAGUACGAUGAUGAGACCGAUGCCGCACGGGCUGCGAGAGUUGAAAGAGAGCGGGAGGCUGGUCGAUGGGAAUAA